GAUAACUCGCGCAUUGAUCCACUGUGCAAUUUUUGUGUGGCAAAAUAUAAUCACGUGUUGCUAAGGCAGCCAAUUGCAGCUGGGGAAGCUUUGAGAAAUAAUUACCUGCGUUGAUUGUUCUAUGGGUAGAUAAAAAAAAAAGUACACACACUCCAUAUAAUAAUCGGAUGCAUGUACAAGAGAACGGAACCAUCGACAUGUCGACCACGGGUCCCAUAAGUAAUUAUUAUGUGGAUUCCUUGAUACACCAUGAAAGCGAUGAUGUUCUUGCGGCUCGAUUCUCGGCUCCUGUUUCGCACUCCACCGGCCCUCGUCCAACGUCCCUUAUACCGGAGUGUGGUGACUAUCCGUCCUGCAGCUUUUCCCCGAAACCACCCGUGUUUACUACCUCUUGGGCCCCUGUUCACUCCCAGUCCUCAGUGGUUUACCACCCAUACAGCCACCAACCUCAUUUAGGAACGGACUCAAGGUAUGUGCGGUCAUGGCUAGAGCCGAUCUCGGGGACUAUGUCCUUCCCUGGCUACCCAGCCAACGGCAGACACUAUGGGCUGAAGCCCGACGCCUUCCAGGAGCAUCGAGCCGGUGACUGCCUCGCCUCCAACGGACGCAACUACACGGAUUAUCUCUACUGCACCUCCGCUGACAUUCGAGAAAAGAACCAAACGAACAUCCCUUCUCCCGAGACCGAGCUUUUGGCUUCCGGAAAGCAUAAAGACGAGAAGCCAGAAUUAGACCCAAAUAACCCAGUGGCAAAUUGGAUUCACGCGCGUUCUACAAGGAAGAAGAGGUGCCCUUAUUCAAAAUACCAGACUCUCGAACUUGAAAAGGAGUUUUUGUUCAAUAUGUACCUUACCAGAGACCGUCGAUACGAGGUGGCAAGAGUCCUCAACCUCACUGAGAGGCAGGUCAAAAUAUGGUUCCAGAAUCGGCGGAUGAAGAUGAAGAAAAUGAACAAGGAAAAAACCGACGCCAACAAAGAGCCAUAAUAAAGGAAUGGUUACAAAAACGGCAAUAUACAAAAACAAGCAUCAAACAACAGUAAAAUAACCACUAUUGCCAUGGACAACAACAAAGAUAAACCAAAAUACAUUAUGCUCACUUCUUAAUGUUGGAUUUUGGGUUGGAUUUAGUUUUUGCAUUAACCCCACCUUCCAUGUUUGUUGCUAAAUAUUUUUUGUUUUAUACCUUCUCCUUUCUUUGUCCAGU